CCUUAAAGCUCACUACUACUACAUGAGUUACCACGCUGUUCGUGUGCUAAAAGAUAGUUGGAUCUCGUCACAAACAGAAACAUUAGUGAAGCGUUGUUAUCUUAACACGUUAUUUAAGCCGCUCACUUUACUAUCUCUGUUAGCUUUUGGCCUGUUUCUUUGCUAGCAGCUAUGGAAGUUAGCUUGCUGCUAACCUUCAGGUUGCUCUCAGAGCUGCAGAGUUUAUCAGAGUUUAUCAGAGUUUAUCAGAGUUAUGAGACCAAACAUCUGCAGGAACAGGCGUGAUCAUUUGAGGAGAAGAUGUCUCAGAAAGCAACAGACAGGACCUCAUCACUCGUUGACCUUCAUUCAGAUUCACAUAAGCAGAGCAUCCUGAGCAGAUUUGACAAGCUGAGGAAAAGGGACCUCCUGUGCGACAUCACUCUUGUUGUGGAAGACGUGCACUUCAAGGCGCACAAAGCCCUGCUGGCAGCAAGCAGCGAGUACUUCUCCCUCAUGUUCACGGCAGAAGAUCGGGUCAGUCAGUCGACCUACCGGCUGGAUGGUAUGGCAGCUAAGAUGUUUGCAGCAGUGCUGGAUUUCAUCUACAGCGCCCAGGUGUCUGUGGAGGAGAGCGCCACAGAGCAGAUUCUGGCCACGGCUCGUCUUAUGGAGGUCAGCGACCUGGUCAAGGUGCUCACAGAACUCACACACUCUACUGCAGCGAUUAGAGAUGGGGAGGUAAAGGCAGAUAUCGCAGAGGUGCCGGAUCGGUCGAAACGCAAAAGAGGACGGCCAAAGAAGAAUGUGCUUGUAACAGAGCUGGAGGGGAGAAGUGCUCCUUGUGAGAGCUCAGAGGAGGGACUGGCUGCAAAUAUGGACUGUGUAGUGAUGGAGUCACAAACUAAAGACGAUGCAGAAUGUAACUCAGGAGCCAACGCAAGGAAGAGCAAACGCAAAAUCAGGCCACCGGUGAAAUACAAGAGCUACAGGGUGGACAGCGACACAGCAGGUAGUGAAGAGCCUGGGAAGAGAGGCAGGAAGAGGAAAUACCCCGACACUGAGGCCCGAUGUGAGGACUGUGGCAAAGUGUUCAAAAACCACCUCUUCUUAAAGAUUCAUCAGAGGACUCAUACAGGAGAGAAGCCCUUUCGGUGCCUGGUUUGUGGAAAGGCCUUUACCCAGAAGCACACGCUGCUGGUUCACCAGCGCAUGCACACCGGAGAAAAGCCGUUUGUCUGUACCGUCUGCUCCAAAGCGCUCUCCACCAAACACGCUCUACAAGAGCACAUGAACCUCCAUGAAGGAGACAAAUCCUUUACCUGUGAUAAAUGUGGAAAGACCUUCACUCAGAGGAGGCAACUUAAGAGCCAUUACAGAGUUCAUACAGGCAAAUCAUUACCAGAAUGUGCUCACUGUCAACACAAGUUUAUGGACACGGCUCAGCUGAAGAAGCACCUGAGGACUCAUACAGGUGAGAAGCCCUUCACCUGUGAGAUUUGCGGGAAGUGUUUUACAGCCAAGAGCACGCUGCAGACUCACAUCAGGAUUCACAGAGGAGAGAAGCCAUACGACUGCGGCAUCUGCAACAAAUCCUUCUCGGACCCCAGCGCGAGACGACGACAUGUCGCCUCUCACUCAGGGAAGAAACCCUUCACCUGCUCCUCCUGCAGCCUCUCAUUUACCCGCCUGGACAAUCUGAAAACACACACCAAAUCCCACAACAAGGAAAUGGCUGCGACAACAGACGCCUCAUCAGAUGCAGCGGUAGCGGCACCACCAGAGGAGGUGCGUAACAUCCUGCAGCUGCAGCAGUACCAGCUGCCCUCCAGCUCUGAACAGGAGAUCCAGCUGGUGGUGACGGGAGACGUGGACAACAUUAACUUUGUGCCGGGUCAGAACCAGGAGAUCAGCAUCAUCACCGCAGAGGGGGAGACGACGGACUCGGCCCACUCCAGGCUCACCCUCCUCACCCAGUCGGCAGGAAACGUGCAGAAUGUGGCGCUGGUCACUCAGGGCAGCGUGGUGGACCAGAGCCCUCACAUUCAGACUAUCAGUAUGCUGGAAGGCCAGAUGACGCACCAGCCUGAGCAGAUGCACGUCAUCACUCUGAGUAAAGAGGCGAUGGAGCACCUACAGGCCCACCACGGUCCACCGCAGCCCCUUCACAUCGCACAGCGACCCGUCCAGCAGCUGCAGGUGAUGCACCAGCCGAUCCAGCAGCUGGCUGUCACUCAGGACACGUCGCAGGGGCAGGUGAGCAGGGAGCAACACGGCCAGCAGGCCAUUCACAUCAGCAGCCAGAGCAGCCAGCCCAUCUCCAUCAGCCAGACCAGUGAGCAGAUCUCCAGCCACCACAUCCAGGGACAAACGUUUCAGAUCCAGGCAGGGACCGUCUCCUACCUGUACACCACCGGGCUGCCGCAGGAGAGCUGAGUGGGGGCCAAAUGCAGACUGAUAACGCUGCUACGGUACAUUAAUUAAUCUAAGACCAACAAUACACAGCAGUAAAACGAAAUAUAUGCAAUUUGUAGAAAUAAAUAUCAAUAUUUCUUGAUCAGAUUCAUAGAGUAUAAUGGUGCUACAUGAUGUUCUGGAUAAUAAAAAUGCCUUGUUGAACAA